CAACUAGAAACGCAGACGUUAUUCAGGAACGAAAAUGGAUUUGGUGGCGAACGCGUCGAUUACCGUCUUCAGCCCUAAUCAAUACGCCCUGAACGAGACUCUGAUGCUGAAAGCUCGGGUUGAGGAGUUUGCCGCUCAAGUGGACGCGUUUUUCACCUCCAUCAUGGGAAUAAUCGUCAUCAUUUUGCACCUGGGAUUUGGCUAUUUGGAAGCUGGUUCAGUUCGCUCGAAAAACGCCACCUCUGUCAUGAUGAAGAACAUGCUGGACCUUUUUCUCGGCGCUUUUGGAUACUGGAUUGUUGGCUACACGCUGGCUUACGGCCGGGGCUCAUCCUUCCUCGGAAUGUACCCGUACAUAGCGGGACAAAGACUGACUCAGGAGUUCCAGUACUCGAACUGGUUUAUUCAAUUCUCCUACGCCGCCACGGCUUCAUCCAUCAUUUCCGGCGUCAUCGUGGAAAGAUGCUCCUUCGUGGCUUACCUCAUCUACAGCUUCCUUACCACAGCGGUCACUUAUCCGAUCGUCUCUCACUGGGCGUGGACUUCUGAGGGGUGGUUGAACGUGCUGGGCUUCAAGGACUUCGCCGGGAGCGGGGUGGUGCACAUGUGUGGCGGCGCUUGUGCCAUCAUGGCCUGCGUUAUCAUUGGCCCGAGGUACGGCAAGUACCCCAGAAAAGGUGAACCCGCGCUGGACUCUUCAGAAUUCGAGUCGCACAACAUUCCGGUGCUUGGACUUGGCGCAAUGAUCCUUUUUGUUGGCUUUCUGGCUUUCAAUGGCGGCGCUGUUUUGCACAUUUCAAAAACAGGUGACGGAGAACUGGUUGCCAAAAUUAUCAUCAACACCAUUCUCUCUGGAGCUGGUGGAGCAAUGGGUGGUCUAAUCGCGGCUAGGGUUGGUCUGAUCGGAGGCAAACGAUGGUGGAGCUACCUUCACGCAGUAAAUGGAGGACUUUUUGGAAUGGUGUCCGUCUGUGCUAAUUGUGAUACAGUGGAUAUUUGGGCUGCUUGGCUGAUUGCCCUUUGCGGAGGACCCAUCUACAGCGUCAUUAUCAAGAUUCUAGAAAAACUUGAAAUUGACGAUCCUCUGAACGCGAUUGCCGUUCACUUCGGAGGCGGCCUAUGGGGCCUCCUGGCCAGUUCGGUUCUGCGGGACGAUGCUUUGAGUGAUAAAAUCAAGGCUGGACAGUUUCUGGCCUACAACUGUAUUGGCGCGCUGGCAAUCACAGCGUGGUCGAUGGCUAUGACUGCCGUCAUAUUCAUGUUCCUCAAGUACACUGGAAUUUUGCGACCCAGUGAAGACGAGGAAAUUUUGGGUAUGGAUUUAGCAACGCACGAGGAGCCGGCGUACCGGUUCAAGUCUCUCGAUUUCAGCACCUCUAGCGAAGGUGACGGCUGUAGCCCUCCUGGCAGCAUCUCUGGUCAAGAAGGACCCUCCACUCGACACAAAAGUAGCCAAGCCAACUUGACUGACCCAUUCCUCACCAGCACUAGACAAGUUUGAUUAGUUUAGGAAGACCUUUUUCUGUGUAAAAUAAUUUUCUUAUCGGAGAGUGUUAUUAUAAAAAUUAUUAUUUCACAUACAAGUUUAUUUAACUUACUUUCAGAUUAAAAAUAAUGUUUAUUAUAAUUAAUUAGAGUGCUUAUUUAUUAAAUAAAAUAUGAUCUCUUUUUUGCCAU